AUGAAUGUGUCGCGGAAUCAAUCAGGCAGCGAAAAGAAUAUAGCUGCAGCAAAUAAUCCUAUUGGUCCUGGACGCAGGACUGUCAAUGCAGCAGCUGCAGAACCAAACAUCAACAUGCUUCCAAAUCACACACAAGUCACAACAGGCUCGUCUUUGACAAGUUCUCAUGGCAUCAAUCAUCCGGACUUUAUUUUCAACGAUCCGCCAUUUUCCCCUGGUGACGAUGGAGACCUCGAAUAUUGUGAAUUCCAGGUCGAUGAUAUCAAAGGCGAACAUCACCCCAAUAGCGGGAUCCCAACAAAAGUUCACGUGUUUGGUGAUUUCAAGAGCCAUCCAGCCCAUUACUCCUCAUGGUCCACUCCUGAACCUGAUGCCCAACCUUGGUGUCCCUUCACGUCUCGUUUGGAGUUUGAUAUCACUGAAAUCGCCCUUGAAGCAGCCCUCAAUAAUUCUCAGACUGAUUGUCUCCUUGACAUCUGCCGCCAUUACAUGGUUUCAAUACCCUUUGCUGAUGCAUCUUGGUACUUUGAUGUCUACUAUCAUGAUCUUUGGGAGUGGGCCACCGACCUCCUCCACGAUCCUUAUCUAUUUCCUCACUUUCAUUUCGAUGCUCAAUGCUUGUCAAAAUUCAAUGGCCGGUCAUUUGAACACUUUGUAGAUGAGCCCUUUACGGCUCAAAACUUCUGGGAUGCUCAAUCACAACUGCUGCCUGAUGCAAAGCCCCUCACGUUCAUCUUGUAUGCUGACAAGAUGAAGUUAUCAAGUUUCAGUACUGCAAAAGGCUACCCUGUCAUUGCGCGAUUAGCCAACUUACCCACUGACAUUCGCAAUGGUCAGGGGACGGGUGGUGGUUAUGUUGUUGGGUGGCUUCCCGUGGUGAAGGAAGAUAAGCAACACUCUGGCAAGCCAGCAUGGGCCAACUUCAAGGCCACGGUAUGGCACAAGUGCUUCAAAAGGAUCCUCUCUUCGCUAGCGGCAAAAUCCAAUAUGGGACAAUGGCUUGAGUGUCUACAAUGUCACUCACUUGAGGUGUCAGGGCCCUUUGGCCAUGCCCCAUCUGUUUGGUACCACACGACAAACUUAGUGAUAUCAACUGCACAAGUGAAGGAAACUGCAGAAGAGAGGGAGGAGAUACUAAAAGAGUAUGGACUUUGUGAUAUCCUGAAUGCAUUGUGGACAAUGAAGUCUACAGAUGUGCAUCAUGCACUGUCAUGGGACAAACUGCACUUUCACUCUGGUGGUGAAUGGUUGGAUCACUUACAUUUUGAAGCCAUUUUGCAUCAAUAUAUCGACAAAACGGCCAACAAGAAUGGAAAAAAUUGUAAUUUUCCAAAAUUACACAUGGACCUACAUAUUUUCAACGAUGUCGAAGCAAAAGGAGCAACACGGAACUACAAUACAAAGCCAAAUGAGAAGAUGCACAGCUCGUUAAAGGAUUCAUAUUUGCUGUGGACCAACUUUCGUGAUGUAGCAGAGCAGAUCCUUCGAAUCAAUCAGUGGCAAGUCAUUGCGGAUCAUAUCCAUCGUCUCUUGUUUGAAUUUGACGAGCAUCAAUGUCAAUUACAUGCAGAUGACUUGCUGGAGUCAGAAGAAGACUUCAUCAUGCAUGUUGUUGAGCACCCUAUUUCAACUAACAGUUCCUUUCAUGUCAAGCUUGGAUCGAAACAACCUUUGGAGACUUUUGAUGCAAUUGAGAAACUUCAUCAGGAUGACCAAGUGUUUCAUAAUUUUCGUAUCAAUCUCAAUGAAUUUCUUAACAUUCUAUUACCCUCGUCGGAUAUACCGCUACCUGAAGAUUAUCUUUGGUGCAAUCCCCUUUUCUUUGGUUCUCCACGCUUUGACUGUGUCUUCAUUUGGCAGACAGAAGAUAAAGUCAUUCUUGGCCGACUACUCUUCCUUUUUGAAUGUCUCAUUGGGGACCGCAAUUUUCCCCUUGCUCUUAUUCACCCUUUUGAUGCUCCCACCGAUGAUGCAUUUGGAGGCAGGGCACAUUGGGCGUGUUUGAUGUCGAACAUCCACCAGCCAUCACAGCAUCAUGCUCACCUUCUCAACACUCUUAUUCGUGCUCUGCAAUCCAACAUGGAAGGCCUUACAUUUUUCUCGUUCAACUCUCAAUCCUUAUCUCUCAGUCAUGCUCACCUUCUUAACACUCUCAUUCUGAGUGCUCCGCAGUCCAAUUCAUGCUCACCUUCUUGGCUACCAUCACAAAACAUACUGAGGGCUAUCCUAUUCUUGUACUGGAAACUGAAGAGCCAAACUAGAGGCCCACAAAACACUCGGACAUCUUUGGCUGUGGCAUACACGAGUUCAUUUUGCAUCAUGUUGCAUCUGUCUGGGAAUACAUUUGACGAUGACUCGGAUGAGGAACCUUUCAUUGAAUCAGUUGCAAUUCCAGGGCCAAAUGCAUCAAAGGGAGACCUCAUAGAGGCACUUAAGGCACUGCAGGUUCAGGUUCAGAAGCUUAUCGAGGACAAUUGUACUCUUCCACCUGAUGAACUUGCAGCCCAUGAGCAAAUAAUAACACUUUAUGCUCGUAAAUAUGACCUGACUGUUGAAAUGUUCCCUAAUCCCAACCUUCUCAGCAAACCACGUCCUGAGAACCCAACUCCAUUUGACAGCCGAGACCGGUACCUGACAGCAAUGACACAGGAAUCAGCAUUCUUGAACAAACUAUUUCAUCACUUCCCCAAUCGUGUACACAGUGCCAUGGAAAGUUUGUAUUUCAGUGAUCUCGUAAUGAAAUCCAUUUCUGAGGCUCACUCAUCAGAGAUCAAUAAGCUGUGUGGUGUCACUGGUGAUAUAUUUGGCCUUCCAGGGAUGUACUUCACCAAUACCAACUAUCGCAGAGCUGAUGAAGACUUGUCUUUGAAGACUGUGUUCAGAAACUGGGAGCUUUUGGCUAAGGUUCUGAAGGCUGCACUACGUGGCAUCACUUCACUUCAUCAAGAGAUAAGUGGCAGACCAAAGACAAACAGACACAAAUGGAACUUCAAACAGGUCACACCAGGGUCCAUUGCAUGGGCCGCCGUUAUUAAGUCUGGCUUGGGAAAGUCAUCCGGUAUCAACUACAAAGAUCUAUUCUACCACUAUAAGAAGCUCUUGCUCACAAAGUGGGAUAGCCGUCGCAUCCAGACUAUUGUUCAAAACAUCAACCGUGAAGUUUUCGGCUCUGCAAAGUCUUCUGCCUCUGGCCCAGCUGGUCAGGAAAAUCACUCCAGCGAAAUCAUUCGCACCAUGAAUGCGCUGGACAUGGAUAGCGAUAGUGAAUCAGAUGUACCUAUGCCAUCUUCUACAGCACAAGCUGCCACUGCCUCUUGGUCUGAUGUUAUCAAGGCGGCACAGCCUCCAGAACAUUUUGUCACCCCACCUCUCAGUGCUGCUUCUACUCUCAGUAGCGCUUCCACCCUCAGCACCGCUUCCAGAAAGCAUGCCAAAGUACCUGUAAUGAUGGGCCUAGAAGCCACUACUACUGCAGUCAUGGUGCAGGAUUCAGAUGUGGGACCUGGUCCAGAGCAACCAACUCAGGGUAGAGGAAAGAUGAGGGCGAAGAAACUUGCAGCUCCAGGUGUUCGUCAUGGUACUCACACUUGCUAG